AUGCGCUUUUCUAAGUUGGCCAUGAUCCUUCAAGGCGCCAGCUUCUUCGUGGCAACCUCUUCUAGCUUUACGACGGCCCACGUAGACACAAAAUCUAAAAGUUUUAAUUGUUUGGGCCGCAUAAUCAAGCCACUCGAUCUUGCAAAAGACAUUCGGCUUGCAUAUAGUCAUAUAAAAAGAGGCUACAUUUUAGGGAGACCAUCGGGUAGGAUGGAAGAUGUAAUCUUAAAUGACGGACAGUCAAACACGAUAUUUUACAGUGACCACCAAACGGAUGUCUACUAUUUGUGUGGAAUCCGUAGCUUAUCCUACACCGAUGAUGAUAACGGUUAUUAUCAUCAUGUUGAGCAUUACGUCUUAAUUGAUAACCUUCAUCGAAUUUCUGCCAUGAGGGUCGAUGAGCGGUGGACAGUUAGAGACGGGAGCGCGGUGGCGGAUAGGGAAGCAUUCGCACCAAGGCAAUCAUAUUGUACCAUCGGUGGUUAA